CUCCCCUCUCUCUAAACCCUAAACUUACUAACUCUCUUUUCUCCCCCUACCCAACAAUAAACGUGAAAAUUAAUGGGAGGUCACGGGAGGAAGAAGUCUUCAUCAUCUUUUUCGGCUAUCAAAUCAUUGUUUUUGCGUUGUUCAAAGGAAAGAGACAAUUGGAACGAAGAGAGCGUGAGCAAUGUUAGACCAAGAAUCAUGACCACCGACGAUGAUGGAUGUUCUUGGAUUGCUGAGCCUUGUAUUGAUAGGAGGGCCACAGCUUUUAUUGCUAAGUUUCACGAUAAUCCAGUACAAGAUCCUGAUUAGAAGGCUAUUGCAAUUCUGUUUCCGGAGAGUCCUCUGAGUACUCUCUCUACUAUCAAUUGGAAUUUAGCUUUCGUGGGUGUACUAUAUAACAUCCCAUAUACGUAUAACCUUUUUUUUUUUUUUU